AUGUCUGAAAACAACAAUCCAACUUAUCAUGGCAUCUACUUGUCAGGCAACUUUGAUAUUGAAGAAAAGCUCUCACCCAAUCACGGAUGGCGUAAUGAGUACCGAGCUUAUGUUACAUAUAUAGGUUGCGCUGGGUUGGAUCAAGAUCAGAGGUUGUCGUAUGGUAUAAAAGCAAAGGGUUACAGUUCCCCCUCUUUCAUGUUAUCCGAAAAUCAUAUCUACUUCUUGAGGGGUUCUUUUUUCCCAUCAAAAUCCGCCGAUACGGACAACGAUCAAUUUCUAUUUGAGGGUAGCGAUGCUUGCUUGUUAUCGGCAUCGGAGGGUUGCGUAACUGAUUUAGUAGAUUCCGUCGGUGUGACUUCAUUGGGUUUUGUGGUUCGAAUUCAUACAAUUGUUGAGAAGUGUUGUAAUAUGUUAAAGAAAUCACCUUCAGAUCCUGAUCCGAAGACAACUGUCUUGACGGUUGAACAUGCGGACUACCAUCCCAUAAUGAAAUCCAGACGUGUUAGCAGGAUGGAAUACCUGAUCCGGCCCUCACGUGACAUGGCUGGAAUCGCCGCAUCAAUUGUAGUAGGGAGUGAAUGCCAUUUCCAUGGGUUUAUCAAAGAUUUCAAUCAAGAGACCAACUGCUAUGUUGUAAUUAAAGUGUACUUAACAACUGGGUUUCAGCAACAACCCACGGUACCGGCGAUCGAGUCUGGCACUGCCCCAGGUCCAACCAAAAAGCCACCCAAAUUCAUGGUCAAAAAAAUCACAGCUCGAGCGGACUUUCCUGAGGACAAAGUGGCUAUGACCUCGAAAAGCGACAACAAGGUGGCUGCCCCUUGUGAAUUGCAAUUACCCCCCUCUCCCGGUCCCUCUGGUGAGAAGUCCGGCUCAUCAGGCGAAUCCCCCUCAAUAUCCAAAUCACUACCAGCACCAACUAAGAAACGUGCACGAUACCAACCAAAAAGAAACUUACCACCGCCUUCAGGUGAAGAGUCUGGUGAAUGA